CUUUACUAACCAUGAUAAUCUGAUUUUAUUAUUGAACUUAUCAUAGUCUGCAACAUGAGAUAAGAUAUCAUUGAUUCAUAUUAGUCGACCCUUCUAAUCUGGAAAACCGUUUAAAUCAUUCAUCAGAAAAUCUUGGAGACAAAAACUAGAAAUACACGAAUUACCAGUUACCAGGAUGGACUGCAAAGCUUCGAUUACGUUUGACGAGUUAUUAGAUGGACUCCUUGAAUACUUUAAGGAAGGAAAGGAAAAUGUAAAUGUUGAAGAGGUUAUAUCCUGGUUUUCCAGGUAUAAAAAUGACCCCAAAGAUUGGGUAAAGUUUGCCAAGUGGGAUAAAUACAAAUAUACGAGGAACCUCAUACAUAAAGGAAAUGGAAACUUUAACCUAAUCUUGAUGUGCUGGCCAGAGGGUGUUAUUUCACCAAUACAUGAUCAUUCAGACUCACAUUGUUUCAUGAGAGUCCUGGAGGGAGAAGUAAGGGAAAUAAGGUAUGCAUGGCCUGAGGAAGUUAAAAACGAGGACGGAUCCCUUCAGGAAAGUGGAACUAGGACAGUGGGAGCUGGAGAAACUAUUUAUAUGAGUGAUGAACUUGGACUUCAUAGGGUGGAAAACCCUAGUCAUAUGAACAAACUCACGUCGAUUCAUCUCUAUUCCCCACCUUUCGACUUCUGCAAGGUAUUUGAUCCUCGUACAGCUAAACGAACAAAGAUAAACAUGGUUUUCUACAGCAAGUUCGGAGAGAAAGAAGACACUAAGAAGGCAAAAACUGAGGAGAAAGCAGUUAGCAAAGUCUGAAAGUUUUAACCUCUUUCCUAACACGAAUAAAAUCCUCUUAUUGCGUCUUACUUUUCAAAUAUUGUUUCUAUCUUAUUUUUUUGCUUUUCGGUAUAUAUUGGUUUAGUCUAGUUUGAGAACUUCACAUGCAAAACUUGAUUUUGAUUUUGCGUUGAUUCUUUUAAAGACGUAUUUUUGUAAAAAUGAAAUAUAAAAUGUACAAAUAAAUAAAAUAAAUGUUGCAA